AUGCAUUUCUUUCAAUCCGGCCUCGUCGCCGCUGCUAUGGGCGCUUUGCUGGUCUCUGCCGCCCCAGUUUCUGAUCUUGAGACCCGUGGCUCCUCUUGUACUUUCACUUCGGCCUCGCAGGCGAAGUCCGGCAAGAGCUCCUGCUCGAACAUCGUCCUGAAGAACAUCCAGGUUCCUGCCGGUCAGACUCUUGACUUGACUGGCCUCAAGACUGGUGCUACCGUCACCUUCGAGGGUGAGACCACCUUCGGCUACAAGGAAUGGAAGGGUCCCCUGAUUUCCGUGUCCGGAACCGACAUCACCGUGCAGCAGGCGUCCGGUGCUAAGAUCAACUGCGACGGUGCUCGUUGGUGGGACGGCAAGGGCGGCAACGGUGGAAAGACCAAGCCCAAGUUCUUCUAUGCCCAUAAGCUCAACAACUCCGUCAUCAAGGGCCUGAAGGUCUACAAUACCCCCGUGCAGGGUUUCAGCAUCCAGUCCAACCACCUGACCAUCCAGAACGUGCUUAUCGAUAACUCCUCCGGCACCAACAAGGGCCACAACACUGACGCUUUCGACGUUGGCUCCAGUACCUACAUCACCAUUGACCACGCUACCGUCUACAACCAGGAUGACUGUCUCGCUGUUAACUCCGGCAAGCACAUUACCUUCUCCAACGGCCACUGCGAGGGCGGCCACGGUCUCUCCAUCGGCUCCGUCGGCGGCCGCAAGGACAACACCGUCGACACCGUGAACAUCAUCAACUCCAAGAUCAUCAACUCCCAGAACGGUGCUCGCAUCAAGACCGUCUACGGUGCCACCGGUACCGUCAAGGGCGUCCGCUUCGAGGACAUCACUCUGUCCGGCAUCACCAAGUACGGUAUCGUCGUCCAGCAGGACUACAAGAACGGCAGCCCCACCGGCAACCCUACCAACGGCAUCCCGAUCGAGAACAUCACCUUCAAGAAGGUCACCGGUAGCGUCACGAGCUCUGCCACUCCGGUCUACCUCCUCUGCGGUUCCGGCAGCUGCAAGAACUGGACCUGGAGCGGUAACAGCGUCUCCGGUGGCAAGAAGAGCAGCAAGUGCAAGAACGUUCCCUCCGGUGCUUCUUGCUAA